UGACCUCCAGCCACUGUGACCCCCUGACUGGUGUGUUGGUGGAGAGGGGGAACAGUAGCUGAGACGCUGGUGGUGGUGCACAAGAUUUUGGUGCACAUGCCUGGAAGCAGCUGGUAAGGCCUGGGGGAGUGUGAAGGAACCAGUCAGCUGGUUCCUAGCUUGGUGAAGAGGACCCCAGCUGGCGAGCGGGCCAGCUGUGCCAAGCAGUGCCAGGCACCUAGUUACCAUGCUGCUACAGUGUGUGGGGAAGGGAGCACUGGCACUGGAGGAGGAGGAAGAGGAGGAGGAGGAGGAGGAUGAGAGAGGUGGUGCUGAGGGAAGGAGGCAGCUGGUGCGAGCUGAGAACACCACCAGCUGUGGGCCCAGCCUACUGUGGCAGCCCAGGGAAGUCGCCGCCACCACCACCUGCCCCAGGAUCACACGCUUCAGGAACACCACCUGCAGGAACACCACCUGCCCCACGAUUGAUGAAAAUUGUAACUUGGAAUGUGAGGGUGACAGUGGAGUCUCUGAGGGCAGCAGCGCCAGCAGCAGUCUAGCAGGCAGCCGCAAGAGCUCAGCCUCAAGCAUCUGCUCCUCGAGGAAGAGCUCAACCUCCAGCUGCUCCUCGAGGAAGAGCUCCACCUCCAGCUUCUCCUCUUCGAGGAAGAGCUCGGCUUCGAGUAUCGGGUGUUCCCGCGACGCUGCCACCUCCAGCUCCUCCCCCUCCACCAUGAGUGACUCGGAGGUCAGCCUGGAGUCACACAACAACAACGAGGUCCUGGCCAAGCCUGACCCUUCAGCUGAUGAUCUCAAGCUCCUGGCCGCCCUCGAGGAGGCAAACAGAUCUCUGUGGCUUCGGGGGGUUCAAGUGGCUCCUCAGGCGGGGGCUCAACUGGGGGCUCACAACUACAGGAUCCAGAAGAGGAUCUAUGGGGGCUAUGGGGGCGUCUUGUCAACGACUGGGAGACGUGGAACAAAAAGAAGAGUCUGCAGAUGAAGGAGUUGGUACGUAAAGGUAUCCCUCACCAUUUCCGAGGAAUCACUUGGCAGCUGCUUUGCUCUGCGCACAACUCUCCUGAGAAAGCCAAGUAUGCUGAAUACCUUAGAACAACAUCAGCUUGUGAGAAGGUUAUUCGUAGGGACAUUGCUCGCACUUAUCCCGAGCAUGAUUUUUUCAAGGAAAAAGAUGGAUUGGGACAAGAGAGUCUGUUUAAUGUCAUGAAAGCAUACUCGUUGCAUGACCGAGAAGUUGGGUACUGCCAAGGUUCAGCCUUCAUUGUUGGACUACUACUGAUGCAGAUGCCAGAGGAAGAAGCAUUUGCUGUUUUAGUUAAGCUGAUGCAGGACUACCGCAUGCGUGAAAUGUUCAAACCUUCCAUGGCAGAGUUGGGACUCUGUAUGUAUCAGCUGGAGUGUCUUAUUCAGGAACAUUUACCAGACCUUCAUGCACACUUCACCUCACAGAGCUUUCACACAUCAAUGUACGCUUCAUCAUGGUUCCUGACAUUGUUUUCCACCACCCUGCCUCAACCUCUUGCAUGCCGUGUAAUGGACUGCUUCUUGGUGGAUGGUAUAGAAGUUAUAUUCCGGACAGCUCUAUCCUGCCUCACACUCGGCAAAGAAGAUCUCUUCUGUAUGGACAUGGAGGGAAUGCUCAAGUAUUUUCAACGCGAUUUGCCGGCCAAAUUUGAAGCAGACCCUGAAGGUUAUUUUUCACUGGCUUACUCUCUACGGUAUAAUGUUAAGAAAAUGAAGAAAAUGGAGAAAGAAUAUACAGCAAUGAAAACUAAAGAGCAAGAGGAGUUGGUGGAGCUAAAAAGACUGAGAACUGAAAACAGAUUACUACGUCAAAGAAUAGAUUGUCUGGAGGCAGAAUCGUCAGCUCUUGCAGACAGACUUAUACAGGGCCAGGUUUCUCGAGCAGAGGAGGCAGAACAUAAUUUUGCAAUUAAGCGGGAGCUUGCUGCUCUGAGGCAGCAUGAUGGGGAGACCAUGGAACACUUAAUGGAUGCUAGAGAUAAAAUACGGAAAUUAACUGGAAUGAUCGAGGAGAAUUGUUCUUCUCGCGAGUCAUCAUUGGCAGAACUAAUGGUUAAAGAGGAGGAGCUGAGACAAAAAGAAGAGCUAGUCAAGUGUCUUCAAGAGGAGCUAGUUCAGGUGAGGUUAAAGACAGCCGAGGCAGAAGCAACCAUCCGAGAUCUCAGAGCCAGAAUCCAGGAACUGGAGGAAGAACAGAAGAAGCUGAGAGAGGCAACCCCAGAACAUUCAGUAGCUCAUCUACAAGAAGAACUAAUUGCUGUACGAUUACGGGAGGCGGAAGCCAACUUAGCCCUUAAAGAUCUCAGGCAUAGAGUUCAAGAGCUUACACAGCUUUGGACAAAACAUGUUCAGGACCAACAUGGAGAUAAGAGUGAGGCAGCAAAACCUGAUGUAACAAGCACACCAAGCAAAAAACUUGGCCUCUUCUGGGAUAGAUCUAAUGAAGCUGCCAAGCUGGAGGAGGAACUCAUGACCACCAAACUACAUGAGACAGCAGCUGUAGCAGAGCUUAAAGAGGCCAGAUUAAAGGUUAUGGAGCUUGAGACAGCAGUGCAAGUAUCAACUAACCAGAUGAAGCGACAAGAGGAGGAGAACAAGAGGCUACAAGAAGCUCUAGACGCUGCUGAAGCUAAUAUUCGCACUAUGCAGUCUCAGCUCGGUGAUCACAAGAGAAAAUACACUGACCUUGAAAGUCAGAUGAAAGAGGAGAAGAUGCUGGCAAGAAUUCGUGAAGCUGAGAAAUCACAGAGCUUAGCUGAGCUAACACAGAAAAUUUCCUCAUUAGAAUAUAAGAACCAGGAAUUAGUUACGGAAGGUGAAGUAUCCCGGGUGGGCGGCAGUGACAGUGAUCAGGUUCCCCGACUCCAGGAUAAAGUUGCUGAACUCCAGUCAGAGAUUGCACGUCUCACUGCAAUCAAUCGACGACUGACACGCACUGUAAGUAUGCAGAGGUUGGAUAUUGCAAGUGGACCAGAAUCUGACAUUGAGGACACAGAAGAAUAUAGAUUAUACUUGGAGGAUUCAGAUUCAUCACCAAAGAAAUAUGAAUAUUCUAUAAAAGGGGAGAAUGGAUUACUUGAACAUGGAAGAGAUGAAAGCAGAGUGAGAAUGGCUUCUACAUGUAGUGAUAGAUCAACACCCUCGCCUUCUAGGGAAACUGCGAACAGAAAAACAUCACAGACUCUUGCAGAUGCAUUCCUUGAACAGUUACCAGAAGUCAGAAAUUAUGACGAUGCAUAUCAAAAUGGCUCUGCGACUCAUGAAGAGAGAGGGGCAUGCUAGUGAAUCAUAUUUUGAACUUUUGUGUAAGGUGAUUGCUAAUAUGCAACUAAUGAAGUGGAAAGCUUUAAACCCUGAAGUAGAUAUAAGAACAUUUUUAUUGUACAUAAAAUUUAGGAAAGAAAAGUAAUUGAACUGUGUCAACAUUUUUUAAGUUAAGAUGUAAACACAAGUCCUUGCAUGUGGGACUUAAACAUCAGUUGUCAUGCAUCUUAUUGGAUAUUUGACAUUAAGGCUAGUUCAUCCAUUUUAUCCUGUGGACCAUGUCAGUUUAGUGUGCAUAUUUAUACUUUCAUAUAUAAAGUAUGAGAUAAUUCUAAUGAAAUUAUUUAAUGAUUAUUCUUGUGUCAGAAGUUUAGAUAAAAUAUUUCUUGUUAACAUUAGGAGAUUGUGCGCAUUGUUCUGGUUGGAGCAAGUAGCACACAUGUCGAUUGAUUGAAGCUUAUAAUACUUUACCUCAGAUUUCUUUACAGGAGGCUUAAACAGUUUGAAGAUGUGCAGUAUAUAUAAAACCAUAGUAUAAUCUCUUCUCACAUUGACACUGGAUAGUUAUGUGACCUAGGAUGUCCAUGAUGUACCAGUGCUCAGUGAUUACUCCAGCAUACUGGAAUCUCAUGUUUUGCAGUUUUGAAAAAAAAAAAUAGGUUAAUACAAAUGAUGGAAUGCUCUGACUGGAAAGUUAGAAUUAAGCCAUUAUAUUGUAGAUUAGUGGUUUUAAAAAUGGGUUACUGAGGUAAAUUACAAGAUACUUGACCAACUACCAGGCUGUAGCAAUAGGCCAUGCUUCACAAGUAUUUAUAGGCACAAUCAUUGUAAAGCUGUGAUGUUUUCCUUGAGCCCUCACUUUCCCUAGGAGAAGGAUGGCGAAUGAAACCAAAACAAAGAUAUGUAUUUAUUUAUUUUAGGUUUCUCUUUUGUAUGUACUUACAUUAUGUAUAUAUAUAUACUGUAUGAUAUAAUGGUCGAAUUAUUUAAAAUCUUUUAUUUCUUUUUAAGUGUAUAUUUGAGAAAUAUUAUAUAAUUUUAUUUCAUACUACAUCCUUUUUGAACAGUCUUCCUUAUAAUCAUGAAUGGGAGUGACAAUCACAAGGUGCAGUCCAUUGGGUUUUAUUGUAAAGACUUUCAUGACUUUCUGCAUAUAUACUUAUAGAUUUUUUACUUUGCUGCAAAUUCCUAAUUUUUUACAUUUUAAAACUAAGUUGCAACUAUUCCAGAGGUGCUAUAUUUGCUCCUGUGAUUGUGGGUUUAUCUUGCUUUAAAACUGCUGUUACUAGAUUCAAAUUUUUUUUUUUUUUUCAAUUUAGCAAGUGUUUAUUGAUAUUAAUGCAAAAUAGUCUAUGUAAUUGCUCUUAUAAGAUUUGAGACUCGUAUGCUUCAAAAAGGCUAGCUCUUGUAUGUACGUGGCUUCAUUGUUUAUUAUUGAAUCACUAUUACAGCUGUUAUUUGCAAGCGUACUAGAUCUGUACACAGGCACCCGUCACUUAGUAAUAGAAUUUAUUAAAAUACUCAAUAUUUCGAUACUUAAAUAUCUAAUAACGGGGAAUUUGCACCUACUACUUGUUUUGGAAUAGUCGGUAGGAUCAAAUUUCAAGAUAUGAACUAUGUUCAUGGCUAACUUGUUCUCAUAUCCUAGAAAAUACUUGAAAGUCCCAAUAAAAUCUUUGAUAUUGAAUGCAUAAAGGAAGGACUUGUGCAUAUUAAAUAGGGGAUGAUGACAUUCCACAAUGUGAAAUGUAUCUUUACAACAAUGAUACUCAAAUAAAAUAUAAACAUCAAUAA